UGGCGAUUGUUAAUAUAUAAGAAAUAAAUAUGCCUAUUGUUCUUUAGUUCAUAAAGAUUUGUCUUCACUCUUCGUCAUUGCAUUUGAACUUUAUAUGUUUCUUUUUCUCUAUGUCGCUUAGUUUGACCUACAGAAGUUGAAUUUCCAAAAGUUUCUAUAUUGUCUGUAUUGUCACCAGCCCAAUCAACAUCAGAAAAUAACCGUUGAGGCAUUUUUAGGUAUUCUCAGAUUCUGCAAGCAUGCUGUUCUGCUGCUGCUACCACAAUUUCUAAAUGCUGUUCCAACUUCUUACACUUCUGGGUAGUGUUAUUGAAUUUGACACAUGGUUUCAUGAGUUUUUGUCGAAUUUUAAGUUUUUUAUUCCAUUUAUGGGAUAGAUUGUCUACUGUUAAUGCAUUCUUUUUAAAGGCCUUGAUUUGUUGGCAUGAUCAAUUUGUAGCUCUUUCCCACUCUUUUAACUAUUUACACGACUUGGUUUCAACAAUAUCCAUCAAUUUUCUCAGCAAUCUAUUGCUGCUUGAGUUUGAAACUCUGGUUGUUUGGUUUAUUUAUCCUAGAAUUGUUGCUCACAGUACCAGAGUAGCUGCAAUACCAGCUAAAUGACACAACAAUUCUCUUGUGGCUAAAUUGUAUACCUAUUCUUAACAUUUUUUUUCCUAUGUAAUCUAGUGAAAAUCUGAUUCAUGUAGCCAUAUUUUAUUAAAUUCUCCAUGUAAUCAAUCUGAAACCCAAGUUUUCUUCAUAACAUCUCAUUCUUUGUUUAUUCAGUCUACCCCAUAUUUGUGGUAAUAAUUGUCUUGUAACUCAAAAACCCAAAUGCAAAAUUGAGACCAUAGAGUUCAUAUCCUACAUCUGGUGACGGCAAGGGUGAAACCAAAUAACAGAUGAGGGAAUGGUUAGUAUAUUAUGCCAUAGGCAAAUGGUUUGAGAAGCAACGUUGUUGAUAAUGGGACCAGCUUUGAGUUUCUUCAAAAAAAUUGUUUUGGUGAGGUCAUUGAUGGUGGGAGCUGUGGGAGUAAACAGAUGCAAUCUGUGGCAAGUGCUGUGUGGUUGGAAAGGUGUAAUUAAGAGUUUCAUGGAGAUAUAAUUUUUGGAAUGAAUUUCCUGGCAAUGGUGGUGCACGGUAACUGGCUGAUCAAGGGGAUAAUUAUGGUCUACGACAAAGAGGGAAGAAAAGAAGGAAAGAAGGGAAAUUAAGUGACAGGUGUCUACUUUAUUGGCAUUGAAUUUUAGAACCUUGUAAUAUUUUUGUUCUGCAUCCGAGAUAACGCCUGGCAAGGACUUUAUAGGGUUUUCCAUCAAAGAUUUUGGGUUUGCUUUGUAAAAGUAAUGAUCGUUUCCGCUCUUUUGACUUCUGUGGGAAUAAAUCUUGGCAUUUGUAUUUUAUUUUUCACAUUAUAUUCUAUACUGAGGAAGCAACCAGAAAUCAUCAAUGUUUACGCACCACGCUUGGUAGCUGAAGGAAAAUCUCAGCUUAAGGAUUGUUUCAACUUAGAGAGGUUGUUGCCUUCUGCUGGUUGGGUGAGAAGGGCAUGGCAGCCUUCCGAAGAAGACCUCUUGUCAACGUCAGGGCUGGAUGCAGUGGUUUUGAUGCGUGUCUUAAUUUUCAGUUUGAGAAUAUUUUCUUUUGCUGGGGUUGUUGGGAUCUUCAUUCUUCUUCCAGUGAAUUAUUUGGGUAAUCAGCUAAGUCUUAUUGAUUUUUCUGAUUUGCCAAAUAAAUCUCUGGACAUCUUCAGCAUUUCAAAUGUCGACAACGGGUCAAAAUGGUUGUGGAUACAUUUUAGUGCUGUUUAUGCUUUCACUGGAGUUGUCUGCUAUCUUCUUUAUUAUGAAUAUAAAUAUAUCUCUUCAAAGAGGAUUUCUUAUUUUUAUUCCUCCAAACCUCAGCCACGUCAGUUCACCCUUUUAGUUCGUGGUAUUCCGUUAUCUGCUGGGAAUAGUUACAGUGACAGUGUUGAGAGUUUUUUCAUGGAGUAUCACCCUUCUACCUAUCUAUCACAUAUGGUGGUUCGUCGGACAAACAAGCUUCAAAAGCUUAUUAGGGAUGGGAAAAUGUUGUAUAAAAGGCUCGUUGACUUGAAAUCGAAGAAUCCUGCUCAAAAGAAGUUUACACGUGAUGGCUUCCUAGGACUGUUUGGACGGAAUGUUGAUCUUGUUGAUCACUAUGAAAAGAAGUUAGAAGAUCUGGAAGAGAAUGUCAGAAUGGAGCAAUUAGGUCUUUCAUUGACUGGAGAGGAAGUCCCCGCUGCCUUUGUGUCCUUCAAAUCCCGGUAUGGUGCUGCCAUUGCUCUCCACAUUCAACAAUCAAUCAAUCCCACAGAAUGGAUCACAGAGCAAGCACCUGAACCUCGUGAUGUUUACUGGCCUUUCUUUUCCGCUUCAUUUAUGCAAAGAUGGGUUUCCAGGCUGGUGGUUUUUGUUGCAUGUUUCGUCCUUACAGUUUUAUUCCUUAUUCCUGUUGUAUUUGUGCAAGGUCUUGCUAAUCUGCAGCAAUUGGAAGCCUUUUUGCCUUUUCUGAAAGGCAUACUGACUAUAACAUUUGUCAGUCAAGUUAUCACAGGAUAUCUUCCCAGCCUCAUUCUUCAGUUGUUUCUAAAAAUGGUGCCUCCCAUUAUGAAGAUCCUUUCAUCUAUGCAAGGAUAUAUUUCCAAUAGUGAGAUAGAAAUAAGUGCAUGUAAAAAAGUACUAUGGUUUACCGUGUGGAAUAUUUUCUUUGCAAAUGUACUGUCUGGGUCAGCUUUCUAUCAAUUUUCUAUCAUUCUCGAGCCCAAGAUCAUCCCACAAAAGCUGGCCAUAGCUGUUCCAGCACAGGCAUCCUUUUUCAUCGCCUAUGUUGUCACAUCUGGGUGGACCAGUGUAUCAUCGGAACUCUUCCGCGUGAUUCCUCUCCUUAAUGAUUUUAUACGAAGACAUUGUACCAGCAGUAUUGGCGAUGAAUUUGAAGUUCCCUCUUUUCCCUUCCAUAGUGAGAUUCCAAAAAUUCUCUUUUUUGGGCUUCUUGGAAUUACAUACUUCUUUCUAGCUCCACUAAUUCUGCCCUUCCUCUUGGCUUACUACUGUCUUGGAUAUAUUAUCUACCGUAACCAGUUAUUAAACGUAUAUGAACCCAAGUUUGAAACUGGAGGGAAGUUCUGGCCUAUUGUGCACAACUCGACUAUUUUUUCUCUGAUACUGAUGCACAUCCUUGCUGUUGGCUUAUUUGGGCUGAAGAAGCUUCCUAUUGCAUCUAGCUUAUGUAUUCCUCUUCCAGUUCUCACUCUCCUUUUCAAUGAGUACUGCCGGAAACGAUUCCUACCCAUCUUCACAGCUUAUCCUGCUGAGUGUUUGAUAAAGAAGGGCAGAGAAGACCAUAAUAAUGCUGCAAUGACUGAUUUUCUUGACAAACUAGUCACUGCCUAUCGGGACCCAUCUCUGAUGCCAAUGCAGCAUUCCAGUGAUGAUGAGGGGUAUACCACUCCCCUCCUUAACUCUCGAUAAGUUUGAAGGUAGUGGGUUGGCCUUUCAACCUUAUGGAAGAUGGCCUUGAUGGUUUUGGCAUGCUGAUAAAUGAAAGGAUGACCUGAGGUUUGUGUACUAGAUGAAGAUUGGUGGAAGAAUGUACAUAUUCAUAAUCUGUCAACUAAAUUUUUUGUUGUGAUUUGCUAUUUGUUAAUCACGGUUUGUUGAUGUAGAAUUGUUGUUCAAUAAGAAAUAGCAUAGAAUGCAUGUUUGUAACUAAAA